AUGUCAAGCAGGGCGAAGGCGCCCAAUUUGACACCCUUACUAGACGACGGAAGCCAAGCCAACCCCCUAUUCAGGGUUCACGAGAGUUUACCGUUCGAUGCUGCUUUGAGGCAAAGCCCGCGGCGGGCAUCGCAACCCGAAGCUUGCCAUUCGGUCGCGAUGUCACAUCCCAAGGAGAGUCUUUGGCAAGGCAGAAGCGCGCACCCGACACGCCACUUCACGCCAUCCAAUGCGGCACUGGCUGGGUGCAAUUACAGCCUCACGUUGAACGGCCCAUCGGGGUUGCUGCCUACGACGAUCGUCGAAUCUGCACCCGCCACCUCGCGACCUGCCGCUGCAAAUGACAGCCCAGAGGAGCCUGGCAGGUCAAAACUGUGCUACGACUCGGUAUCUGAUCUUGGCUGGUUAGGAGGGAAUGAUAAUCUAACAGUUAUCCGUGAGCUCAAGAUGGAAACGGGGUCUUCACCUAAUGAGCCUAGUCUUGCUGACGCGGCUGACAUUUCCCCGUGCUUCGGACACAGCCGUCGCACGGGUUCAGGGGCGCUGCGAUGCCACAGUCCCCCUCACAACAAAGUUGAUAUCGACACGUCCAAUUGCGCAUGUCCGGAGAAACUCACCAUCUCCAAGAAGCUGACCUGCGAAGAUCGCCGGAUUGAGCUUUGUCGUACAUUUGAUGAGCGUAGAUUCGAUGCUAUGAUCUACGGCCAACCUGACGCACUUCCACCACCCUACGGAGUCUUUGUUGGCACCGGCCCAGCCUCUGUGGGCGCCGCUGGAGCUGUGAAGAAAACCUACAGACCAAGUUAUAUGAGAUUCGACCCGCGUAUCCAUUGGUCUCACAAUCGCUCCGACAAGUGGUUUGAACAGAGAAUGAAGGAAAUCAAAGCUCGCGGCGGACGUAAAACGAACUUCGGCAAGGCAGCCCAUCGAAUGAGAGUGCAGAGAAUUGCCACUGAGGGGCGUGAGGCGGAGGACGCGCUGAUGAGAGCGCCUACAAAAGGCCAAGACCGGAUCCCGCUGCUGCGCAGCAAGCCGCCAGAACCAUGGUCGCACCACAGAUCGAUGGACUUUGGCGACGUACCUGUACAUGAGCUGCCAAGGUAUGUGCAGGAGAACGAGAGUUGGAUGAGGGCUGCUAAGUGGAUGCGAGAAUCACGGGAGGUCUAUUUACAAGCCGCAAAGCUCAAGGCUGAUCACGAGCCGUGGGAACAUCUGUUCAGGAAGAGGAGGUAA